ACAAUCACGUCGCUCGUCCGCCCGAUUCCUCUUACUUCUUUUCGUUGCUUGGCUGAUCUUCCCUUUCGCUUCCCAGCAUUUCACACAUCAUGGUCAAGCUUUACAAGGAUCUCGGAAAGACCGCAAAGAAGUUGCUGAAUGAUGACUACAUCUAUGGCGAUAAGAAGGUGGAGAUCAAAACAAAGACCACCAAUGGCAUCACGUACACUACGAAAGCGAAGCAAAGCCAAGACGUUAAGGAUGGGCUGUCGGGUGAUCUUAGCUGCAAGUACAACGUGUCCGGCACCACGAUGACGACGGAAAUUUUCACCUCCGGCCGCCUCAGCCACAAAGUCGAGCUCGAUAAGACCGGUGUGAAAGGGUUGAAGUUCACAGCCCUCGGCGGUCUCGGCCAAAAGCAGUCCCUCUUGGCCACGACCGAGUAUGUGCAUCCCCAUAUGUCUGUCGUCACCGCUGUCAACUGCCUUGGUAGCCAAUCGAUCAGCACGGCUGCGGCCGUUGGGUUGCAUGGCGUCACGGCAGGGGUCAAGGGCGACUUCAAUAUUGAGGACAAGCAGUUGAAGAAUGUUGAUGGCGUGCUCAACUACAGCAAUGGAAAGGAACAUGAGGCGACUUGCUACCUACUGAACAACCGCUCGAUGGCCAAGUUUGCGUACUCGCAUCUUGUUUCUGACGAUUUCUCAGUGGCAGCGGAGUUUGAGUAUAACAUCAGUGCGGAUACGAAGAAGCUUACCAUGGGGACCAAGUAUGAGGUGGACCCGGAGACAACAGUGAAGAUGAAGAUCGACUCGGCCGGGGCAGUUUCCCUGAGCUACAUUCAGGAAAUUCGCAAGAGCACAACGUUGACGCUAUGCUCUCAGUUCGAUGCUCGCCACUUGGACAAGCCGUCACACAAAUUUGGGUUGGCUCUUGUCAUGGAAUAAGUGAAUUUGGAAGCGGGGCGCUGAACGGGGGCAAGCGUGUGCCCGAUUACAACAGUAUGUGCGGUGGGGAGUAGGAUGGAAUAGGUUGCUGGUAUGGGUAGGUACUUAGGUGCUUGCCAUGAGAUGCAGAGCGAGUACUGUAGAUGCGAAAAGCACGUGACGCGGAGUGUAUCCAAUUUUGGUUCAACCUUGGAGAGUGCCUUUGCGAAGCAAAUUUGUAGGACUGAAUAUUUGUUCUGGUGAGCAGUAGAGGUGAAAGACUUAACGGUAUCCUUGCAGUCUUGUAGUAGUUUCAGUAUUGCGGGAUGUUUAGUCUGUUUAGAGAUGGCGUGCAGUCCAGUAGGACGUAGAGUGGGGAUGGCGGAGUAGCGUUGGCAUUGAGUUUUAUCCACGUCGCAGUAUGCGGUACAGAAAUUGGAAAGAAUUCUCAAAAUACUGCCAUGACCUUGAUGCGAUGAGCCGAACCGAUUGGUCCAAUUUCACUUGUUCCGCUCGAGGCCCUCAAUCGUUCAUAGAGCACCGAAUACAGACACGCCCGAGCGUCCAGUUAGCAGGGAUACACAUCUCUAGCCCGGCUUUCUCACA